GUUUACUAAGCUACUUGAAAAUUAAGUUACGGAUGCAGUCCAUUCUCGGAAUAGCUGCCCGCACGGGCCGGCUCGCAUCGUUAUGCGCCGGAAACGCCACACCGCAGGUGGUUUCGAGCAUCACCGGCUCGAACCUGGCUGUCUGGACAUGGACAGCUGCGGCACGUGAGCAGCAGUGGCCUGUCAGGCCCGGCGCGGCCGGCAACUGGACCGUUGGCAGUACCGCUGCGCGGUCCCUGGCCUCCAGCACCGGGGCGGCGGCGGCGGCGGGGGCAGGUCCUGGCGCCGGCUCGGGCGCCGCCGGCUCAGUGUCGGGUUCGAGCGAUGGCAAGCCGGUGCGGCUGACGCAGCUGUCGCACGGGGGCGGCUGCGGCUGCAAGAUCGCUCCGGCCAAGCUGCAGGAGAUCCUCAAGGGCGUGCAGCUGGACUUCGGCUCCCCUGACCUGCUUGUGGGCGCCUCCACCUCGGACGACGCGGCCGUGUACCGCCUGAGCCCCGACCUGGCGCUCAUCCUCACCACCGACUUCUUCAUGCCCAUCGUGGACGACCCGCGGGACUUCGGCCGGGUGGCGGCCGCCAACGCCAUCAGUGACGUGUACGCCAUGGGUGGGCGGCCGCUGCUGGCCCUGAGCGUGUUGGGCAUGCCCGUCAACAAGCUGCCCGCAGCAGUCAUCAGCGAGAUAGUGGCGGGCGGGGCGGACGUCUGCAGGCAGGCCGGCAUUCCGCUGGCGGGCGGCCACUCCAUUGACUCCCCUGAGCCCAUCUUCGGCCUGGUGGUGGCGGGCGCCGCGCACCCCUCCGCCAUCCGCGCCAACAGCACGGGUCGGGCGGGCGACGUGCUGCUGCUGACCAAGCCGCUGGGGGUGGGCGCCAUGACCACAGCCAUCAAGAAGGGGCUGCUGGACGAGGCGGGGUACAAGCAGGUGAUCGGCACCAUGACUCAGCUCAACACGGUGGGCACUGCACUGGGGCAGGACCCCCGCGUGCACGCCAUCACAGACGUGACAGGCUUCGGGCUGCUGGGCCACCUGCUGGAGGUGUGCCGCGGCAGUGGGCUGGCGGCGCGGGUGGCGGCGGGCGCGGUGCCGGUCAUGGCGCCCGCACUGGCGCUGGCGCAGCGGGGCGUGUUCCCCGGGGCCGUGGAGCGCAACUGGGACAGCUACGGAGCCGCGGUGGCGGUGGAGCAGGGGGUAGAGUCCUGGCGUCGUGACCUGCUGGUAGACCCGCAGACCAGCGGCGGACUGCUGCUGGCCGUGGAGCCGGGCGCGGCGGAGGAGCUGCUGGCGGCGGUGCGGGCGGCGGGCUUCAGCCAGGCGGCGGCGGUGGGGCGGCUGGAGGCGCCGGGGGCGGCGGCGGCGGCGGGCACUGUGGUGCUGCAGCCGUAGAGGGGAGGGAGGAGGAGCAGGAGGAGGCCGUAUGUGCGCAAUGGACAUGGAUGAGGAGGCCGUGUUUUUGUGCGUGUGUGCGUGUGUGGGGGGGGGGAGGGUGUUUAAAGCCGUUCAUGUGGAGGACGGAGUGGUAAAAUCACAAGAGGGAGGUGCCGACGGGUUGGGUGCCGAGGGGUUGUUGUUAUUGUUGUUGCACCAUGCCCAUGAGGACUGCGAGUCGGCAGGUGGUAGUCAUUUCCACACCCGACUAAACCGAGGGGGUUGUUUUUGACCGCUCCCAGUAAAAGGGCAUGAGGGGGAGAGGGACUGUGUAAGUGAGUGUAUGUGUGUGUUUUAGUAACAACAAAAGUAUGUGUGUGUGCAUGCGGCUGCUGAUGCCGUGGUACUGCCCCCGGGGUGUGUGAGUGUGCGGCGGUGCAGGUCGGUCAGCUCGUGGGGUCCGCCUGGAGGCAUGCAGGGAUUGGGCAUGGCCACUCAUGUGUGCGUGUUGUGUGUGCAGAGAGGCUGAGGGCGAGAGAGGGAGGUGUCGGGACUCGGCAGCAGUAAUGGGGAGUGAUGCCAAAGUCUGGCGGGUGGCAGUGCUCUUGGGAGUCCCCCGUGGGAGUCCCCGGGGGCGGCUGGCACUGCUCUUUGCUGAUGGGGGGCGGGUCACAGUGUCCCACACCAGGCAGACGUGUCCGCGUGUUGAACAAGACGGCACGAGAAUCACAUGCCAGUAUUUGUGUGUUGAACAGAACACAACUGAAGUAGGCCCGCCCAAGCUGUCAUCUAUCUGUGAGUUGGGGGCAGCCACUAGCAGGUCACGUCGCAAGGGCUGGGGGCAGGGGAGGGAGGGGCAGGGGAGCGAGGGGCAGGGAACAGGUGAGAACACACUAACACAGGGGGAGCGCGGAUCACCGUGGACGGGCAUAGGGGUGAGGAGAGGGGUAGAGAGCAUGAGGAUGUGUGGAGGUACGGAGCUUGAGCCCCAAGAGGCCGCGUUCUCGGUGGCUGUCCGGGAGAUGAUAUAAUCUCAAAAGCU